AUGGCACCGAUCGCGGUGUCUGACCUGAAGCCACCUUCAUCAAUUGCUGCCGUCGACCCAACCGUGUUUCCUGCGCCAGAUGCCGAUGAAAGAUUGAGAAAACUAUGGCAACUUCACGGGCACCCUCAUAGCUCAAGAUUUUCUGGCCCAGCGUUGACGAGUGUUGCGGCAUUAGUCAAGCAUAAUUCCACAACACAGCCAUCGAAGCCAGCUUUCAUACAUCCUGUUGGUGACUCAUUUGAGGUGCUGGACUGGGCUCAGCUCAAUCAACUCUGUGAUGCAGCAUCACAGUUCUACUCUCAGCGAUUUCAAGAGGCAAUUACAACUGCCAAUGAGACUGGUCAGCAACCCACUGUCGCUCUCUUGGGUGUUGGGAACUCAAUCUCAUACCUCAUCACCCAGUUCGCAUUGAAUCGCUUGCACCUUCGAGUUCUUCUACUUAGCAACAAGAACUCUCCGGCAACGAGGGAUCACCUUCUCCGAGUAUGCAAUGUUAUUGCGAUAGUCACCGACGAGGCGAGUGAAGCUUCGUUACAUGGGGAAAGCCAGUGUCAACUUCCGGCGACGAAACUCAUCAGCCUGCACGAAUUGAGAGGGCAUAGCCUAGAGGCUUUUGAAGAACUAAAUGUUGUGUUUGAGACUGAUGACGAGUGGAAUCUUCAAUCAAUGAUCAUCCACUCUUCUGGUUCCACUGGAGUGCCGAAACCAAUUAUUCACACAAACAGGAGUUUGUGUCAGAUUGCACGGAUGUACAGACUACUUCCAGAGUUCUUCGUCGAGAAUUGGUAUCUUUGUUUCCCUCUAUUCCACGUUGCUGGACUGUCAAUCGCCUUGUCGGGACUUCCAACCGGACUCCCUACCUCUUUACCUCCAACACAAUGGCCACCAGCUCCAAGCUCCAUCCUCUUUGCAUGGAAUUCCUUGACAAACCUCGGCUAUCCACCAGAUUGCCUCCACUGUGCACCUUCAGUCAUCGAGGACCUCUACGAAUACAUCACUCUCACCACCAAAGACUACAGUCCUCUCACAGGCCUGAAGGUUCUACAACCAGGAGGAGCCCCACUGUCGCCUUCAAUGUUGUCCAAAGUCCAGAGCAUCGGCGUCAAUGUCAAAACCACGUACGGUACAACCGAAACGGGGCCGCCGCUUCGGACGAUACCGCACACGAGAGACAACCCAGAUGUGUACCGCUUCAGAAACCUCUACCCCGAGUCGGAGUAUGUGCGAAUGGAAACCGUUGCGGAAGGACUGUUCGAGUGCGUCGUGUACCGCGGCUUCCCGUUAGCCGCAGAACUCUGGCUCGACGAGACGGCGCCAAAUCCUUAUCGUACGGGUGACUUGUUCGUUGAGGACCCCCCAGGAAGCGGGUAUUUCGUCCUCCAAGGUCGACGAGAUGACAUCCUCGUGCACAGCAAUGGAGAAAAGACGCAUGCUGCGGCGCUCGCUAUGACGCUUGAGGAGGACAAGUCCGGUGUUAUUGCGAAGACUGCAGUCUUUGGGACAGGAAAGCCUUGCCCCUCUGUUGUUGUUGAGAUCAGUUGGUCUGAGGUGGAGAAGAGAUCUAUAUCAAAAGCUGAUCUUAUCGACGAGGUGUGGAAAGUGAUUCAAGCUUGCAAUGAGAACUCGCCGACGUACUCAAGGAUUCCUCGUCAAGCAGUUUUCAUUCUGGAAAAGGGAGAGACGUUACCAAUCACCCCGAAAGGGAACGUGCGACGAACCCUUGCCUGGGAACUGUACGGGGACAAGGUGGAAGAACUCUACAACUCCUUUCUGGGCAACCCGCUUGACACGGAUGCAGAUACUGAGUUUGAUCCUUCGAGAGACCCCGAUAUCUUUGACAUCGAAACAAUCCGAAGAGUCGUGGCCGAUAUUUUCAGCAUCUCCAUACAAGACUUGGCAGAAGAUUGUAACUGGUACGAACUUGGCCUCGAUUCUAUGCGUGCUGUCGAGAUACGAUCGAGACUUGUGAAGAUGCUCGGGGCUUUCCCAUUGAUGUUCAUUUUCGAAUAUCCCACGGCAAGGAAGCUUUUCGAGUUCCUUCAGCUGUCCAAAAGUGGUCUUGAUAGCAAGGCUCCGACGGUCAGCAACCACCACGAGUGGAUUGGGUCAACUAUUCACCGCAUGAACAGCGAAGUUGAAAACUGGAAUAGCCCUCAUUAUCAACGAGAAGAUGUCAGGAAAGACGGCGAAGUCAUAUUUCUCACGGGGGCUAGUGGUGCCCUAGGCAAUGCGCUAUUGGAAGUCCUGAUCCAGAUGCCAACGGUACGAAAGGUUUACUGUGCGGUGAGAGGAGCCGAUCCUCAAUCUCGAGUCUUGAGCUUCAUGAAAGAGAGGGGCUACUCGACGAGCAUUUACCAAAGCCAUAAGAUUGUUCCCGUCAGCUACAACAUGAAGGACGAGAAGCUGGGAUUGGACGAGAAGAUAUAUCAACGUCUGGCGAAUGAGGUGACAACUGUGAUACACAAUGCUUGGAAGUUGGACUUCAAUCAACCGAUUCAACGGUUCGAAGACGACUGUCUGAAAGGAACUAUGCAUCUCAUGUCAUUCUGUCUCAAGGGGCCCGAGAAGACACUCACUUUCAUGAGCAGCGUCGCUGCAGCAAUGGGAAGCCCCGCCGGCACCAAAGUGCCAGAACUUCCUCUCUCUGCGGAUCCUGCAAAUGCCCUUCCUACCGGAUACGCGCAGUCCAAGUUCAUCAUUGAACAAGUCACGCAGCACUACGCAUCUACUCACAACACCCCUGUCCGAAUCCUCCGAGUUGGCCAACUUUGUGGUCAUUCAAGACUGGGAGCAUGGAACCAUACCGAGAUGUGGCCUACCAUGAUGAUGGCGGGACUCGAUCACCUCGAUGCGAUGCCGACCUUACAGACGAGGGUCGACUGGCUCCCCGUCGACUUCUGUGCGGAAGCCAUCGCGAGGGCGAUUAUUCCCAGCGCCGCUGAGACGUCGUAUGCUGUGGUCAAUCUUGUCAACCCGAGCGCUAUCUCAUGGAACGAGCUUGUUUUAAAGCUGGAGGAAGCUUGCGGAAGAAAGGUGCAACACAUUGGUAUGAGCGAAUGGGUGUCUAGAUUAGAAGCGACGGCAGAAUCGCAGGGCUUGAGUGUGAAGGAGCUGCCAGCUCUGAAGCUACUAGGCUUCUUCCAGUCGAUGGCCGAGGGCAGUGGAAAUGGCGAGGGCGUGGUGUUUGAUGCUGGAAGUGUAGAGAAAGGAAGACAAAUCGGGGUUGACAUGGUCAAGAGGUGGCUGGAAGUAUGGCGUCAAAGAGGCCACUUGAGAGAAUAG